GACACACGAACGGCCAUUUUGUUUGGAAGUUUGGUUGAAGAAAGGAGUAGGAGAUUACGUUCGUUGUUUAAUUUACCUUCGAGAAAAGAUACCAAAAUUAUCUGCGUUGAAUUCCAUCACGCAACGCUUUAAUACGCCGAUUUUUUUUUAAACCACAGCAUACUGGGUCCAAAAAUACUGACCCAGUUACCUACGUGGCAUCGUAAAGCAGGAGCGCGAAAACAAGAAGCCAUUCAUUUUGCAAGCGUGGUCGGCGUCUGUGGCCUUUUCUUAUGGCCGCUAUCUCUAAAUAGAUUUUCGACUAAGGACGUUGUAGAUCUGCAAGCCGUUACCUCGUAGAUUGCAAAUUAUUGCUCUUUUGUUUAAGUGUGUUCGUGGCGUUUCUAAAAUUUGCAAAACAAUAAUCAUUUGCUAAUAUUAGCUUACGCUAGCUAAAAUUCCAGCUAGCGAGCUAACGUUAGCGAUCAAAGGCAGCUCUGACGUAGCUAUAAGAUCGUAUAAGAGGUUCUAACUGCCCAAAUCAAACAAAUAUGGCAGAAUUAUACAUUCGUGUCGCGGAAGAUGAAAAUGAGGAGCCGAUGGAGAUCCCAUCUGAGGACGAUGGCACGGUGUUGCUAUCUACCGUGGCAGCACAGUUCCCCGGAGCGUGCGGCCUGCGCUACCGGAGUCCUGUUUCUCAGUGCAUGCGUGGUGUCCGCUUGGUUGAAGGCAUUCUGCACGCCCCUGAGAAUGACUGGGGAAAUCUGGUCUACGUCGUCAAUUAUCCUAAAGAUAACAAAAGGAAGAUGGACGAGGUCGAUGCCGCAUCUGCUGUUAAGAUAAAGAGGGGUGUCCAGAAGACCUCAGACUUGAUUGUCCUUGGUUUGCCCUGGAAGACGUCGGAACAAGACCUUAAGGACUACUUUAGCACCUUUGGAGAAGUCAUUAUGGUGCAGGUUAAGAGAGACGUGAAGACCGGGAAUUCCAAAGGGUUUGGCUUCGUACGGUUUACAGACUACGAAACUCAAGUGAAAGUCAUGUCACAGCGCCACAUGAUUGACGGCAGGUGGUGCGACUGUAAACUUCCCAACUCUAAGCAAGGUCCAGAUGAGCCAAUGAGAAGCAGAAAAGUCUUUGUUGGCCGGUGCACAGAAGACAUGUCCGCAGAAGAACUGCGGCAGUUCUUCAUGCAGUACGGUGAAGUCACAGACGUCUUUAUCCCCAAGCCCUUCAGGGCUUUCGCCUUCGUCACCUUUGCAGAUGACCAGGUUGCCCAGUCCCUGUGCGGAGAGGACCUGAUCAUUAAGGGCGUCAGCGUGCACAUCUCCAACGCAGAGCCUAAGCACAAUAAUAGUAGGCAAAUGAUGGAGCGUGGGGGGCGCUUUGGGGCGGGAGGGUUCGGGGCCGGGGGUUUCGGGAGUAGUCGUGGGGGGCUUGGGAAUAGCGGUAACAACAACAUGGGGAGCGGGGUGAAUUUCGGGGCCCUUAGCCUAAACCCGGCGAUGAUGGCAGCCGCUCAGGCCGCCCUGCAGAGUAGCUGGGGCAUGAUGGGUAUGCUGGCUAGCCAGCAAGGGCAGACAACCACUUCUACCACUGCUGCCUCUGGUCAGACCAGCGCCAUACGCGAGCAGAGCCAGGCCCUUAGCUCUACCAACAACAACAACUACGGCAGUACCACAGCGGCCAGUUUGGGGUGGGGCGCGGGUUCCAAUUCGGGGACCACUAGCGGGUUCAGUUCGGGAUUUGGCUCCAGCAUGGAGUCCAAAUCUUCUGGCUGGGGAAUGUAGAGGUCUGUUUGUAUGAAGUGUUCACAUUUCUAGAUGAUAUGGUAAGUAUUUUGAAAGGUAUUUUUGUUUUUAGUCAUAUCUAACGUCCUCUGUUUUUGAAAUACUUUUUUGCCUUUGGUUUUGUAAAAGAAAGCUGAAUGUUCUGGUACAUUUGACUAAAUCUGUACGAGGUUAAUGUACAGUGGUUGAAGUGCAUAAUUGUCAGGGUGGUAAAACUACAACACUAUUUGUGUAGUUUGUUUUUUUGUUUUUGUGUGUUACUGGUCUUUAUCCACAUUAUGUGGCGAAACACCUGAUACUUUAUGCAUGUUGUAAAUGGUGAUAUUUCAGAGAUUUUGCAUGAGUAUCACUGAAAAUUUAAAUACCCUCUCAACCACACUUUGUAAUGAUUAUUUUCAAUGAAUUAGGAAGAGAAGUUUGUUUAACCCUUGUGUGCAGGUUGUUUGCAGUUUUCUUUUUUUGAAAAAAAAAAAAAAAGUUUUACGGAAAAGCCUUCAUUAAAAUCUCUUCUGCAGUUCAUCACCUCUUUUCCAAUUUCCCGGGAAGGAGCCCUUCGUUGGCAGCAAUGUUCGAGCAAGCUCAGUUUCAGUUCCCUUCUCCCCAUGUGUAAAUGCUUUGCCAUCAAAGAACGCAGCUUCACUCCGCAUUUACUGUGUUAGACGGUGGGUGUUGCCUUUUUAUCCAACUUUUCAUGGAAAAAAAAAAAUGACAAAACAAAAACCAAUCUUUUGUCUGCACUGUAUCGCAAGUUUUAACGCUUUUGGUGAACAUUGAGUGGGAUUGUUGAUGGCCAGGAGUGAGAGACUAUGAGAGUAUGAGCGAACGGAGAGAGAACAAAUGAACGAACGCAAGUGUGAUGGAAAGAACUGGUUGUGCGAUGAUGAUGAUGAAAAAGCGCCAGAUGACUGCGAGAUGUGGGAAGAGAACCUGUGGCUUUGGUGAGCGAGUGUGAACGAACGGGAGCGGCAUUUGCAAGUACGAGUGUUUGAUCACCUGAAGGACAUUCACUAUCUUUGGGAUCCCUGGGGUCUCUUCUUCCCAUACCCCCUCUCCCCCCCCUCCCUGUUUAGUAUAAUGAUCAAGCUUAAAAGUAGUAACAAAUGUAGUGGAAUGUUUAGCGAUAUGAAUAUUUGUAUCCUUUCUUGCUAUAUUAUCUGAUGUGAAUGCUGUAUGGCGUGUGCUUUAUUUUCCUCCUUGUUAUCGACCUGUAAGUGUGAACAUGUGAUUUGAUGCUGGUGACGUCUGUGAUGAGGACACUGGGGGAGCUUGAGGGGGGGGUGGCGUGUGAGGCGGUGCAAGUGAGCUCAGUGUGUCUCAAGAGGGGGUGAUGUGGUGAAAGUGUAAGAUUCCCUAUAGAAAGGUUGCUUUUGUUGUGUUUUGAAUGCAAUUUUAUAUGUUGUGAAUCAAAGGGAAUACCCAAAUAAAACUAAUUUGAAUAGGUAA